AUGCCAAGUGCUCCCUACGAGUGGCUCGACAAGGUCGCAAUGUCAUGCGAAACAUUGCCAGUUUUGGCAGGGGACUUCGCAGAUCGCGAAGACGUAGAUGACGCGGAAGAUGCGUUCAUUCGCUUUGUGCUCGGCGGUCGCUUCCACCACACCAAUGGCGGACUGUAUCUCGCUCAAGUCACUCAGCCACAACACGCUGGAGGCCUCAUCCCUGCGGACUUUAUUUCGGCCUCAAUGCAGGGCGGAUCUUUUGAGAAUAUUCCGGUUCACGAAAUUCCACAUGUUAAGCUCGGGUUCGCUGACCGCCUCACAGCGUGGUUGUGCUUACCCGAGCUAUACUACAAAGGUUGCUCUCCGCAGCUCCUACUCCCUGACAUCUGGGACAUUCACCAAGCUGUCCUGGCUGCCAUGGCAACAAGCGGAGUGGACCUGAACAAUGGCUUAGGAGGCGGUAAUGAAGAUCCUAUGGAACAACCUGCCACUCUUUUUGACUUCCUUUCCAUGUCAUCUCGGGAACUUAGGCGAUUCGCAUCCCCAGCUCGUGUCGGCGUCUACUCAAGUGGAAUCUUUCCACAAGAGCUGCGAGCCGCAUUAGACAAUGACGUUCGAUUCCGCCAGAGCUUCUUUGUGUACCACCUCAGCUCUAAAGCAACUCCGGCAGGCCACGACCCCCGCAACUCAGCCGCCAGACGGGCUAAUUGGAAUGAGGUCAGAGACACUUUGGAGAUGCUGCAAACUGAGGACAACUUUGCAGGUUGGAUGGCAAGAAUCUCAGUUCAGUUUGGCCAAGACAACGCAGCACUGGUUUGGCAACCUCAGGCAGUUGCACAAUGCCUCGACAGUUUACUUCCUGAUGUAGAGGAGGCAGUCCGAGAGGAGCUAUCUGAGAGGAGACAGUCAAAACAGGCAGCCAUUACCGGAGUACUAGGCGACACUACACUCGACAUCUCAUCGGCGAAAGCAUUAUAUUCUUACAUCGAGCUCCGAAAUCACUUUCGCAAUCAAAGCGAACGGCGACCAGGCUGGAAGGUCAUCACACCAGCUGAUACCUUGCCGGGAAAUCUACGCACGCUCCUACAGAAGACUUUGGCGGCUGAGUCACAGUGCUUUAAACUGGCUGGAGAAGCUGCAGGAGAUGUUUCAGCCACACUUGCAGUUCAUGUCAAGCUCUAUGAAAUGCAGGACGCUUUGAAAGCUUUUCCAGCAACAUCGGAGCUGCUAUAUUUGCUGCCACGAAAAGCUUGGUGGAAUUUCCGCGCAACUAGAAUUAACGCUGUACGGCGUGUCUUGAAAAGGCUCCAGCUGGCCCCACCCGACGCUUGUCUCUGGGAAGAAGUACUAGCCUUCAACGCUGCUUGUGUUAGCAUCCUCAAUAGCUGCAUCAUUUCGCAGUUGGAGAGUUCCAUGAUGCAAGAACUUCUACAGCAAAUGGCGUACUUUAUUGUUCCUGAAGCGAACAAUGAGGAGGAAGCAGAAUGGGGCUACAACGGUGGACACUUCAAAUCAUGGAUUGAAGACCGAGGAGCCUACUUCGUGGCAGAUACAAUCAAGAACGUUUUUGAGAACAUGGAGGGGCCACACAUCUAUCGGAUUCAUUCACGAGUCGAAGUUGACGAAGACACUUUGGUCGCCAUAUAUCAACAAAAAUCGAUGAGCCACUUACGUUCUCACUUUGGACUCGGCUCACAUUGGACGAGGUUGGUCAAACUCAACCCUAGUGCCAAUUACCGCUUGUACAAAGGAGGAUGUACCACCCUUGUUGAUGCGACUUCAAGAAGACCUCGAGCUUCUCCAAGAGAUUUCAACAACAUCACCGCGCUGAACAUUCAAAUCCAUAGGCCCGUCGUACAGACAGGUCCAGACAUUCGUGGGCCGGGCAACAGUUACGACCGAGUCAAUGAGGUUUUGCAAGGCAGCCUUAUUGACGUACUCAACCGGCUCUAUCGCCAAUUUGCCCACGACCUCAUGAUGAAGUCCCCAAACAAGUUGAAAGGGGGGACUUAUAUCACUCUUCGCUCCGCCGAACUGGCUUCAGUUACUCCUGACUACUACUUCCACCCAAUCUUGCCGUUAAUAUCGGCCCGGGUAGUUUUGUGUCAACCCGAAGCUUGGGAGAAGAACAUCAGCCACUUAUUUCCAUCCAAAGGGAACAUGGCAAGUUCAACUUCCAACGGAUACCCAGGUUGCACCUACUUCAGAGCUUGGACCGAAUUGCUCAAUCGGCUGGACGAAUGGGAUGCCUUUCAAGUGACGGCAGAGAUGAGAAGCGAGGUGGCCAAAUUUUUAUGGCUUCCUCGAACGGAGAAGGGAUCGAUGUGGACGACACGAAAAGAAACUCAGAACAUGACCCGUGCACUUCCUUAUGAAGAUUGUGGAUCAAGCCCUUACAUUGCGGCGAAUCCACGAUACAUACGAGGACUAGAGAAUUUAAAUCGAUUCGCUCUGAGACGAUGA